AUGCGAGGUGACAGCCGCCGCACGCUGGCGGGGUCAGAGCUGCGCGAUCAGAUCCGGGAGCCGCGCUCCGAGCCGCCCCCCGCUCCCCCCCGCGCCGCCGCGAUGCUGCCUCGCUGGGCAAAGCAUCCCCCCGGAGCUUCCCCCCGAGCCCUGGCGAGGCUGCGGGAGCCGGGCAGAGCCAGCGAGCCCGGGGACCACCGGCUGCCAGCGCUGCUCGUGGGUGGCGACGAUGGGUGGAUGAAUCGGCAAAGAGAACCGCGUUCCCUCAACCUCCCGCUGCUCGGAGAGGGGCUGGCCAGGAUCUACCGCGGCAUUCUGGCCGUCGUGGGAGCCCUGCGCCCGGCCAAGGAGCCGCCCGCAGCCCCCGCGGAGCGGAGCGCUGCCCCCUCCAUCCCCCCGGAGCCGCUGCCCGGCCGCCGUGGGAGCCGCGCUGCGCCCGCGGAUCCCGACAGGACGAGCUCGCACAUGAUCUCCGCCGACGAUGCCGAGUACCCGCGGGAGUACCGCACCCUGGGCAACGGCACCCGCCGCUUCUCCAACGUGGGGCUGGUGCACACCUCGGAGCGCCGGCACACCGUGAUCGCCGCGCAGAGCCUGGAGGCGCUCACCGGCCUCCAGAAGAGCGAGAUGGAGCGCAAGAGGGACGCCUUCAUGGACCACCUGAAGAGCAAAUACCCGCAGCACGCCCUGGCGCUGCGCGGGCAGCAGGAGCGACUGCGGGACCAGGACGAGGUUGGGUGCCCAGACCUCCCCAACCCCAUUUUUUUUCCGGCUUCCCCGGAGCCCUCCAGGCCGUCCCUGUCACCCCUCUGGAGAAGGGGCAGGGCCAGGCCUGACUCCGGGGUGCUCCCUGUGCUGCCAGGGGUGCUGUUCCUGCAGUUUGGGGACGAGACCAGGCGGGUGCACAUCACGCACGAGAUCAGCAGCAUGGACACCCUGCACGCCCUCAUCGUCCACAUGUUCCCGCAGAAGCUCACCAUGGGCAUGCUCAAAUCCCCCAACACCGCCAUCCUCAUCAAGGACGAGUCCCGAAACGUCUUCUACGAGCUGGAGGAUGUCCGGGACAUCCAGGACAGGAGCAUCAUUAAAAUCUACCGGAAAGAGCCACUCUACGCCUCGUUCCCAGCCUCGCACAUCACCAACGGCGACCUGAGGCGGGAGAUGGUCUACACUUCCCGGGAAUCCUCUCCCACCCGCCGGCUCAACAACAUCUCCCCGGCCUCCCACCUGGCCUCCGGUUCCCCCCCGCCCGUGCUGCAGUCCUCGUCGCCGUCCCGCUCCCGCAUGUCCUACAGCGGCGGUCGCCCGCCCUCGUACGCCGGUAGCCCGGUGCACCACGGCGAGCGCCUGUCCAGCCUCCCCCCGGCCCCGGGCGUGUCCCCCAGCCCCAGCGCCAUCCUGGAGCGCCGAGACGUGAAGCCGGACGAGGACCUGGCGGGCAAGAACGUGGUGCUGGUGAAGAACGAGGGGCUGUACGCCGAUCCUUACGGGAUGGUGCACGAAGGGCGGCUCAGCAUCACCUCCACGCAGUCGCUGGCGGGCAUGGGGGACCCGUUCGGCUACUCCGGGGGGCUCUACAAGCGGGGCUCGGUGCGGUCACUCAGCACCUACUCGGCGGCCGCGCUGCAGACGGAGCUGGAGGACAGUUUGUACAAGCCCAACGCGCCCAUCUACAGCGACACGUACGGCCCCGGGCUGGGAUUCCGAAUGCCGCCCUCGUCUCCGCAGAAGAUGGUGGAGCCCGGGCAGAGCCCGCACAGCCCUUACUCGGGCCCGCCGAGCCGCUCCUCGCCCGUGCGGCAGUCCUUCCGCAAGGAUUCCUGCUCCUCCGUCUUCAUGGACGGCCCCGUGGGCAAAACGCGCAACCCCAGCUCGUCCGGGCCCCCCGAGCUGUUCCCCGGCCCCGGAGAGCGGCCGCUCUCGGGCUUCGGAUCGCCCGGACCGGCCAAGGACACGGAGACCAGGGAGCGGAUGGAAGCCAUGGAGAAGCAGAUCGCCAGCCUGACCGGGCUGGUGCAGAGCGCGCUGCUCCGCGGCUCCGAGGCCGAGACCCCCAGCGAGAAGACCGAAGCCACCAACGGCGGGACCCCCCCGUCAGCGUCCACGAGCCGCAGCGGGAUGGGGACCCCGGUGCCAGCGCCACCGCCGCCCUCGGCCAGCAGCACCCCCGCGGGACAGCCCACGGCCGUCACCCGGCUGCACAUGCAGCUGCACCUGCACGACCUGCAGCAGAACGCCAGCGAGCUCCGCAACCAGCUGCAGCAGCUGCGGAAACUGCAGGUGAGAGACAGCCCGGCUGGGAGCGGCUCCUGGCGGGGUAAGGGGGGGAAAUGGGGUGGGAGUGGUGGGAGAGGUGGGGAGACGUGUUUGGGACCCUCUCUUUUGACACAAACCUCAUUUUUCCAUGGAAAAAAAGCGGGAUUUUACACCGGGCUGGAGACACAGCCCCUGGAAUCAGCAGAAAACUCUUUCCCGAGGAGCAGGGAGUUGUUCUGCCAGGGGAAAAUCCUCUCCCAGAGGAAAAUCCUCUCCCGGAGCCGCUGCCGGGUGGAUUUUACCUGCCCCAUCCUACUGGGAAACCUCUGGGGAUGCUCCUGGCCCUGCUGGGGGAUUGGGAUCGUUCAAUUCCAGCCCGGUUUUCCAGGAAAAUCAACCCGCGGGAUCACGCAGAGCCUGUCACCCUCAUCCCUACAAAUUCCCCAAUCCCAAGGGCACUUCCAGCAGGGAAGAGGAAGGGUUUGGAUGGAUCCCAACUCCUGCCAUCAGCAGAGCUCGUCCCAAAAACCUCACCAAUCCCAACCCCUUUCUUCGGGAUUUCCUGGAUUUGUGCGUUUGCACUGGGAUGCUCCAGGGUUUCCUGGAUUUCCCUUUGAACCCGGGAUGCUCGGAGCACCUCAGAUUUGGGGGAAACCGGGAUUUUGCGCCCCUCCCUCAGUGUCUCCGCUCCCUCCCAGGCAAGUGGAGGAGGGCGUGUGGAGCUCCCCGAGCAGCCUGAGCCAGUCGCCCAAGAAGGUGGCCCCGGAGACGGAUUUCAGCAAAGGGCUGGAGCUGGAGAUGCCCACCAGCCCUCCCGUGAGCCUGCACCACCUGACGGCCGCCCCCGACCCCCUGGGGGUGCCCGGCUUCGGGCACAGCCCCCCGCAGCCCCAGAGCCACCCCGGCAAGAGCAAUAACCCCUCCCGAGCCCCGGAGAUGGUGCCCGCCAAGACCCAAACGGGGCCCGAGACCCCCAGCAAGAAAAGCGUGGACAAAGCGGUGUCGGUGGAGGCGGCCGAGCGCGACUGGGAGGAGAAGCGGGCGGCGCUCACCCAGUACAGCGCCAAGGACAUCAACCGGCUCCUGGAGGAGACCCAGGCCGAGCUCAUGAAGGCCAUCCCCGACCUGGAAUUCGCCGCCAAGCACAAACAAACCCCGGGCAGCGGCAGCGCCGCCUCCACGCCCGAGCACAAACCCUCCAAGGCACAGCACGCCCCCAAAUCGGGGGGCAAAGGGGACCCCAACGGCCGCCGGGGCUCAGACGAGCUGACGGUGCCGCGGUACCGAACCGAGAAACCCUCCAAGUCCCCGCCGCCUCCGCCGCCCCGCCGGAGCUUCCCCUCCUCGCACGGGCUGACCACGACCCGCAGCGGCGAGGUCAUUGUCACCAGCAAGAAGGAGCCCGGCUUUAUGAAGAAGGCGGAGUCGGAGGAGCUGGAGCCGCAGAAGCCGCAGGUGAAGCUGAGGCGGACGGUGUCCGAGGUGGUCCGGCCCGCCUCCACCCCUCCCAUCAUCGCCUCGGCCAUCAAGGACGAUGAUGAUGAGGAUCGGAUCAUCGCGGAGCUGGAGAGCGGUGGCGUCUCCAUCCCGGCCAUGAAGGUGGUGAACCCGGCGUCGCGGCUGAAGCAGGGCCAGCAGGGCAGCCCCGACAAGGGCAAGCACAUCAAGCAGCGCAUGGAGUACAUGCGGAUCCAGGGCCAGCAGCAGGCCACUAGACCAUCUAAAGAGGCCAGUGAGACCUCCCCCACGGUCUCAGAAAAACCCGCAGCUGGCAGAACAUCCAUCCCCGUAUUGACUUCCUUUGGGGCCAGGAACUCCUCCAUCUCAUUCUGAGCGCCCCUGCCAGCUCCGCCCGGCCGCUCCUCCUCUCUUCCUCGCUCUCCUCUUCCUCCCUGGGACUUGGCUUCUUCCUGAGGCGCUCUGGAGGGAAGCCGCCACCUGUUGUCCCCUCCUCUUUCUGUUUGAUCCAUGUUUUUUGUCGCCUCCGCUCCGCCAAAAGAACUUUUUGUGUGUCGCCUGCGCCGCGCCUCGGCCCGACCUCUGUGUCCCCUCCCGCUCCGCCAUGGCCAACCAGCCACUUUCUGUUUCUCUCUCUCUCUCUCUCUUUUUCCUCCUUUUCUCCCCUUUUUUUUCCUCCCCUUCGGAUCGCUGUUGGUUUGGUUUCCUUCCCCUCCCAUUUUCCUCUUUUUUCCCCCCUUUUUCCUCAUCCCCUCCGUUUUUUCGUUUUGGUUUUUUUUUUUUGUUUUGUUUUGUUUUGGUUUGGUUUUUAUUUCCUGUUUAUUUAAGAGCUCUCAGAGCUUCCCCCCACCAGCGUCCAGCCAGGAGCAGCUUCCAGCUCCCACCGCGCGGAAAACCGGGAAGCAGCGCCCGCCGAGGACA